UACGGUCUCGGUCUCGAGCGCUUCCUCGCCUGGAUGGCCAACCAGCACUCGGUCCGCACGACUUGCUUGUACCCCCGCUUCAUGGGCCGUUGCAAGCCUUAGAUGCUGUUAGCAACAACACGGAGUGGGGUUAUGGUUGGGGGCAAGGUUGAGGUUGAGAAGAAGGAGGAAGUGGUCGUGAUUGUGUUCAUGGAGAAGAAGAAUAAGAGUUAUGGCUGUUCUUCAAAGCAGCACCAGCGGCAGAAGAAAAGGCGCAGGGCAUCUACUACUGCUGCUGCUGCUGCUGCUACUGUCAUGGGCAGCAACAGGAACAAGCAAACCGAAAGGAGAAGAAAGAGAGAGAGGAAGAGAAGUAGAGAUGUCAUGAGGAAAAUUCAAAGGAUUCUAGAAACGCGUGGAGUCUGGUGCAUGAGGUUUACAGCGAAUAUAUGGACCUUGAAGUUUCUGUCAAUUAUCUUGAACUUUCCUCUUCUGGGCGCGACUUAUAUAUAUAUGUUGCAAGUCUGUCGUUUGAUUCGUCUGAUUGGUGAUGGGUCGAGGGGCAUACUCGGACCUCGGCCCUCCGAAAUCCCACAACCCGGACUUCUCAGGGAACUAACCGCAUGAUCACGGUUUGAAGAAGAUGGAACAUGUGAUACCUGAUUGACGGGAUCUUGAGAAGUUGGACUGAGGAGUAGGUCAUACUGCACCAACACCUUUUUCCAGUUUGUGCCGAGAAAAGUUGGUCUGAUGCUUCUGCAUCAUACACUUCAGUUCGCUGCGAUGCACGAUCUACCUAGAUGAGGUAAUCGGGACGGGCGCAGUGUCCAUGGCAAGUUGUCAAGU